AAAGGUCCUUCUCUCUCCCCACUCCCUAACACCAAACACUGAAGUUUACUGAAGAAAAAUAAAUAAGUUCAUUCAUCCAGACUCAGCCUGCCAUCACAAAAGAAACAAGCAGCAUUCUCCUGGAGAGAAGGCUGAUUUGUAGACCAUGAACCGCUUAGACAGACACAUGGUCAGGGGGCCAGUAUACAAGCACUUUGACUUGGAGAGGAAGAACGCCAAGCAGGCUGAGGCUAGACUCAGCCAAAAACUGCAGAGGUUGGAGGUGGUCUGCCUGUACCACGUGAAGCUGCUGACCAAGGAACAAAGACAGCUCCAGAGGGACCUGCAGAGAUUGCAGCAAGCAGCUAUAAUGAAGAAAAAGUUCUCCUCCUACUUUGGGAAUGGAAUUCAGAAAAGACAAGAAGAUGUUCCUGCAUCCUCACCACAGGGAAGGCAAAAGAACAGAGUUCCACAGGCCAAUACUAUCAGAGCAUCAGCGAUCAUUGAGACCCAAGAAACAAAUAAAGCUAAGCCCCCGAUUCCUCGGGCCCAUCACACUGGCCUCAAGGUUCGCAUGAAAGGCAAAGAGCAGUCAUUACCUCAAAAUCAUAGAACUUCCCACCUCAUAGAAGAGAAGCCACAAGUCCAAGAGGAAGAGUCUAUAGUUCCACCCAAAGGCAAAGAGUCCAACAACAACAUGUCUACUCUACAUCGAGAUCAAGAAGUUCCCACUGAUACCUCAGACCCAGGCCCCACCUCCAGCCCUGCCACUGAGAGCACCUCAUCCUAUGUCAAUGGGACCAGGUCAGAGGAGGCCAACCUACAGGCAGAUCUCCAUGCUGGGAAACAAAUCCCUCCAAGUCCCAUGGAAUGUGCAGGAAAUCACAAAGGCCAGUCCACAGAGCCAUCCUACUUAGAGUUGUUCAUGAGGGUCAGAAAUGCCCACUACCUUCGCCACAGGGUUCCCCCUGAGUCUGAGAGAUUGCUCAGCAUCCGAGAAAUAUUCGGGCAUGAGGAACCCUUUGAGCCCAGAGCAGCAAAGGAGCAUGAGAAUGGGGUGACCACCUAAGCGACUUCCUGUCUACUGUCUAAUAGUCUCACAAUAACAUGUAUCAUAAUGACAGUAAAAAAA